AUGUCCGACGUCAACGCGCUCGUGUUCCAGCCGCUGAACCAGUUCUUCAAGAACAGCCUCCACCUCAUCAAGAAGUGCAACAAGCCCGACCGGAAAGAGUUCGCGCGUAUCGCCGGCGCCACGUCCGUGGGCUUCCUCAUGAUGGGCUUCAUCGGCUUCUUCGUGAAGCUCGUGCACAUCCCCAUCAACAACAUCCUCGAGGCGCGAGCUGCGCGGCUCGAGAGCGAGAGGCUGCGCCAUGUGAACGGCAACCCGCUCGCGCCCAGAGCCUUCGCAUCGGACCAGAAGCUGCGCCAGGCCGCGUCUCGCCCAGUCGACAGCUUCUUGGGUGCUGGAGACCGCGCGUUCCUGAGUGGGGAGUCGAGAGAUGGCUGCAUGCCGGCGGCGCAGUCGAGUGGUGGGUUGCUGCCGCUGCAGCGCGCGAUCGCGCUGGGUGACGCCAAGUCUCUUCAAGUUGCCUUGAGCUCUGGGGAGGAGGCAGACGUCAAUUCGAUCGUCAGAGCGUGCAACGCCUUCGGAGAGACGCUGCUGCACACCGCAGUGCUGCACCAGCAGCUCGCAGCCGUGCAGUUGUUGCUGCAGCAUGGCGCAUCUCCGCUCGCGCGGCUCCCGGACAACCCGAACCUGCGCGAGUCCGAGUCGACGCUGGAGAGCACGGCGCCACGCACGACCAACUUCCGCUACAGCCUCAUGCUGGACCCCGCGGAAGCCACGCCGCUGCAUUACGCGUGCGCUGCUGGUCACCUGGACACCCUGAAGCUGCUACUGAGCUGCGCGUCGCCGCUGAACGACGUACCGAAGCGCUGGAGGCCUGGAAGUUUGCUGUUGUGGGCCAUCACCAGUGCGCAGCCCCAAGUGGUGGAGUUCCUGGUGCUGCAGAGUCGACUGGAAGCGGACUGCUUCGACGAAGACGGCAACAACUCGGUGGCUAUCACAGCGCUGGUACUCGCGACGCCGGAGACGCCUGAACGCCUCGCCACGCUCAAGAGAAUCCUGCAGCUGCUGCUACGUCGUGACUUGGAGGACGGAGGAGCGGACGUGAACCACAAGAACAUGUACGGACUCACAGCGUUCGACGUGGCCGAGACGCCUGCAGCCAAGCAGAUUCUAGCUCAACUUGGCGCCAUGACUGCGCGUAUUGUACCGGUGGAGCGCGUGCUGCGCUGGGAUCGUGACCGAUAUCGUGACGAGAUCGAGUACCUGCCUCCUCCUGGACGCCGCCGCGUUGUGCUCCGCAGCAAUGAAGAGGAGACUAACGCUAACUAG